UCUCAUUGUAUAGUUAUUGUUGGUUGCUUAAGGUUGUAGGAUUCUAUAUUGUUUAAGCACCGUAACAAUUUUCUGAAAAAAUGACUUCAACGUUAAUAAAGUAUAAUGUCAUACUUAUAUUACUAUGCAUCGGAAUCACAUUGAUUCAUAAUUCGUCAGAAGCAACAGUCAAUGAGGAUGUCAUCUUAUACUACAAUCAUCUCAGCCCGCAAUGCAGAUCCGUUUUGUUGACUCUCGGAGCUUUGGAUUUGAAUAUUACUUUAAAAUCUAUAGAUUUUUUGAAGGGUGAAAAACUUCCAGAAGAAUUCCGCGAAAUGAAUUCUCUACAAACUUUACCGGUACUAAAGGAUGAUAAGUUUGCUUUUUUUGAAAGUGAUGCAAUCAUCGUGUACUUAGUCCAACAAUACGGUGUUAAAGAUAAUUUAUUGUAUCCUUCAAAGUGCCCGACAUUUCAAUCGCUGAUCAUUCAACAACUGAUUUUUAAUAACAUCAACUUCUAUUCUGCAUUUGAAAUCCUACACACCGCAGGGAUUUCGUGUGGAAAACAGAAAACUAUAGAAGAAGUUAAUAAAAUCCAUAAAGCGCUCAAUUCUUUCGAAGAAACUCUGGGAAAAUCUGCCUGGGCAGUCGGAAAGAUAAUGACUGUGGCUGAUUUCGCUUUGGUCGCUUCCAUUUCGACCUUUGAUGCUACCGGUUUUGAUUUAACAGAGUACAAAAAAAUUCAAGAAUGGCUCAAAAAAUGCAAGGAUAUAAUGGCGGAUUAUUACGGUAGUGCUAAUCAACAAGGAAUUGAUGAAUUAAAACCUCUGUUACAAUUUGUGAAUAGAUCACAAAACAAAAGUAAAUAA